GAGUCCCAGACAGGAAGUGAAGCUUCAUUUUGGAGACGUGGAAGUAGCUCUUCGUAUGUCCGAGGCUGACGGGGUCUCCUUCGUUCAUACACAAUGAUUAAAAAAUUUGACAAGAAAGACGAGGAGUCUGGAAGUGGGUCAAACCCUUUCCAGCACCUGGAGAAAAGUGCUGUAUUGCAAGAGGCUCGUAUCUUUAAUGAAACUCCCAUCAAUCCAAGAAGAUGCCUCCACAUCCUCACCAAGAUCAUCUACCUCCUCAACCAGGGAGAACAUUUUGGGACCACAGAGGCCACCGAGGCUUUCUUUGCCAUGACAAGGCUCUUCCAGUCCAACGAUCAAACCCUGAGGAGGAUGUGCUACCUAACUAUCAAAGAAAUGGCAAACAUCUCUGAGGAUGUCAUCAUUGUCACUAGCAGCUUGACCAAAGACAUGACUGGGAAGGAAGAUGUUUACAGAGGCCCAGCCAUCAGAGCUCUUUGUAGGAUUACAGAUACCACCAUGCUGCAGGCCAUUGAGAGGUACAUGAAACAGGCUAUAGUUGACAAGGUGCCCAGUGUGUCCAGUUCUGCUCUGGUAUCCUCUCUGCACAUGGUGAAGAUGAGCUAUGAUGUGGUGAAGCGCUGGGUGAAUGAAGCCCAGGAGGCUGCUUCCAGUGACAACGUCAUGGUCCAGUACCAUGCCCUCGGCCUGCUGUAUCAUCUAAGGAAGAAUGACCGUCUUGCUGUGACCAAGAUGCUUAACAAGUUCACCAAGUCUGGUCUCAAGUCUCCCUUUGCCUACUGUAUGCUGAUCCGUAUUGCCAGCAAACUUCUGGAUGAGACGGAGGCAGGUCAUGACAGCCCAUUGUUUGACUUCAUUGAGAGCUGUUUGAGAAACAAGAACGAGAUGGUGGUUUAUGAAGCUGCUUCUGCUAUCGUCCACAUGCCCAACUGUACUGCCAGGGAGCUGGCUCCUGCUGUGUCAGUGUUGCAGCUCUUCUGCAGCUCCCCUAAAGCAGCGCUGAGGUAUGCUGCUGUCAGGACCCUGAACAAGGUGGCCAUGAAACAUCCAUCUGCUGUGACUGCCUGCAACCUGGACCUGGAGAACCUGAUCACGGACUCGAACCGCAGCAUUGCGACUCUGGCCAUCACCACUCUGCUGAAGACGGGCAGCGAGAGCAGCGUGGACCGCCUCAUGAAACAGAUCUCCUCCUUCGUCUCUGAGAUUUCUGAUGAGUUCAAAGUGGUGGUGGUUCAGGCCAUCAGUGCUCUGUGUCAGAAAUAUCCCAGGAAGCACAGUGUCAUGAUGAACUUCUUAUCCAACAUGCUCAGAGAUGAUGGUGGCUUCGAGUACAAGCGAGCCAUUGUGGACUGCAUCAUCAGCAUCAUUGAGGACAACCCUGAGAGCAAAGAGACGGGCUUGGCCCAUCUGUGUGAGUUCAUAGAGGACUGUGAACACACAGUACUGGCCACAAAAAUCCUGCACCUGCUGGGCAAAGAGGGUCCUCGCACCCCGCAGCCCUCCAAAUACAUUCGCUUCAUAUUCAACAGAGUGGUGCUGGAGAGCGAAGCUGUCCGUGCAGCUGCCGUCAGCGCUUUGGCUAAAUUUGGAGCGCAGAACGAUGAUCUUCUGCCGAGCGUCCUGGUUCUCAUGCAGAGGUGUAUGAUGGACAGUGAUGACGAGGUGCGGGACAGAGCGACUUUCUACAUGAACGUACUCCAGCAGAAGCAGAAAGCUCUGAAUGCAGCCUACAUCUUCAAUGGACUGUCUGUGUCCGUUCCUGGGCUGGAGAAGUGCCUCCACCAGUACACCUUGGAGCCCUCAGAGAAACCUUUCGACAUGAAGUCUGUACCUCUGGCCACCACUCCAAUCACAGAGCAAAAAACAGAAAUUGCACCAGUUGCUACCAGCAAACUGCCAGAGAAGUUGGCCCCAUCGCGUCAGGACAUUUACCAAGAACAACUUGCUUCCAUCCCAGAGUUCCAGGGUCUCGGCCCAUUAUUCAAGUCUUCUGAGCCGGUGCAGCUGACAGAGGCCGAGACAGAAUAUGUUGUGCGCUGCAUUAAACACACCUUCGCCCAACACAUGGUGUUCCAGUUUGACUGCACAAACACUCUGAACGACCAGCUGCUGCAAAAGGUGGUAGUACAGAUGGAGCCUGCAGAAGCUUAUGAGGUGAUACACUACAUCCCCGCCCCCAGCCUUCCCUACAGCCAGCCUGGUUCUUGUUACACUUUGGUUCGCCUACCAGACAAUGACCCGACUGCUGUGUCGUGCACAUUCAGCUGUACCAUGAAGUACCUCGUGAGAGACUGCGACCCCAACACAGGAGAGCCAGAUGAUGACGGUUAUGAUGAUGAAUAUGUGUUGGAGGACCUGGAGGUGACGGUUGCAGACCACAUUCAGAAAGUUUUGAAACCAAACUUUGGAGCAGCGUGGGAAGAAGUGGGAGACGAGUUUGAGAAGGAGGAGACAUUUGCCCUGGCAUCUGUGCGAACGCUCGAUGAGGCGGUGGGUAAUAUCAUCAGCUUCCUGGGAAUGCAGCCAUGUGAACGCUCAGAUAAAGUUCCCGAAAACAAGAACUCUCAUGUCCUCUUUCUUGCUGGUGUGUUUCGAGGAGGUCACGAUGUGCUGGUUCGUGCACGCUUGGCGCUGGCUGAUGGUGUCACCAUGCAGGUGACGGUUCGCAGCAGUGAGGAGAGCGUUGUUGAUGUAAUCCUGGCCUCUGUGGGCUAAAACUGUAAAUCUGCGUGCCAACGCAACCAAACGUUAAUGUUGACCAAUUAUAAAUGUUUCCAGUCUAAGUUUAUAAACUAACAUGUUUUCUUGAUUUCUUUAAAAUAAUAAUAAAAAAAAAACAUUCUGCAAUAAAGU